AUGGACGGUGGAGAUAGACCGAAGACGUUAUGGAAGAACUUGAAGCGACGACUAAGAUUAAAUGGGCUGGCUGCUUGUUGUGGGCCUUCUUGGAACCCGAGGGUAUCCGAUGUGGCAGUAGAGGAAGAAGAAGAGUCGGCCCAAUAUUACGUAGACGAAGAAGAAGAGCCCAUAUUCGAGGCCCAUUAUGGACCGGGUCGGGUCAACUUAGCAAUGGUAUUAGAAGCAGAGAGAAUGGGGAGCAUGACUCCCACAACACAAUUUAAGACGUUGAUGAGAUUGUUUGAAGAAGCGGACGGUAGAGAUGAAAAGAAAGAAGAGAAGGAGAUUGAUACGGUGUGUUGCGUGUGCAUGGAAAGGAAUAAAGGUGCAGCUUUUAUUCCAUGUGGACAUACUUAUUGUAGGAUUUGUUCAAGAGAACUUUGGUUGAAUAGAGGCUUGUGUCCUCUUUGUAACCGUCCUAUUGAUGAUAUUCUCGACAUUUUCUAA